ACUCUAUUCAUACGUUUCCUUUUACCACCAAAAUUACUUAAAGCGAACCUUCUCUCUUAUCCCAGAAGACAACAACACAACUUUCAGUUCAGUUCCAGAACUCUCUGCAAACGGCGCCGUCUUCGAUCCUCAGUUUGUACAAUAUCAAGAAUAAAUCAUUGUAUGUGGAGUAUGGGGGACAGCGAAACAGUUGUUGCUCAAAGUCAAACAGCUUCCAUGGUGGGAUACGAGCCAGUGGGCUACGCAUCUGCUGGCUAUGCUGAUGGGAGCUCUAAUGUCGUUUCCGAGGCCACUGAUAGCUCUCUAGCGCAAGAAUCUCAUGUCGGUACUGGAAAUGAAGCCGUGGAGUCGUCCCAGACUGCCGGUUAUGAUUCUUCUGCGAAUGGCCCUGCUGUUGUGGGAUCUGUAGAGAAUGGGAGUGUUUCGGAAAAUGCUGGUGGGGCUGUUGAUGAGCAGCAAUACGUGGAUGGUUCUGUGAUGUCUACCGAAGAAGAAAGGCUGUGGAACAUUGUGAAGGCAAAUUCUUUAGAUUUUAACACCUGGACGGCUUUGAUUGAAGAGACAGAGAAGGUUGCAGAGAAUAACAUACUGAAGAUCAGAAAAGUUUAUGAUGCUUUUUUAGCAGAGUUUCCUUUAUGUUAUGGAUACUGGAAAAAGUAUGCAGAUCACGAGGCUCAUUUGGGCUCCAUUGAUAAAGUUGUUGAGGUUUAUGAGCGAGCAGUUCAGGGGGUUACCUAUUCAGUUGACAUUUGGUUGCAUUACUGCAUAUUUGCCAUAAGCACAUAUGGAGAUCCAGAGACCGUUAGAAGGUUCUUUGAGCGAGGAUUAGCUUAUGUGGGAACUGAUUACUUGUCCUUCCCCCUUUGGGACAAGUAUAUUGAAUAUGAAUAUAUGCAGCAGGAGUGGAGUCGCCUUGCCAUGAUUUAUACAAGGAUAUUAGAAAAUCCAAAUCAACAACUGGACCGCUAUUUCAACAGCUUUAAGGAACUAGCUGGAAACCGGCCUCUUUCAGAAUUAAGAACUGCCGAAGAAGCUGCUGCUGUAACAGGUGCAUCUUCAGAAGCUGCUCCUGCAACAGUUGCAUCUUCAGAAGCCGCUGACCAAGUAAAUGGGGAAGAGGUUCAUACUGAGGCUACAGAUCAAUCAAAUAAACCUGUAAGUGCUGGCUUAACAGAAGCAGAGGAGUUGGAGAAGUAUAUCGCCAUUAGAGAAGAGAUGUAUAAGAAAGCUAAAGAGUUCGAUUCUAAGAUCAUUGGUUUUGAAACAGCUAUCAGGAGGCCUUACUUUCAUGUGCGGCCCCUCAAUGUUGCAGAACUUGAAAAUUGGCAUAACUACCUGGAUUUUAUAGAGAGAGAAGGAGAUCUUAACAAGGUGGUCAAGUUGUAUGAAAGAUGCCUAAUAGCAUGUGCAAAUUAUCCUGAAUACUGGGUUCGAUAUGUUUUGAGCAUGGAAGCCAGUGGAAGUUUGGAUCUUGCCAAUAAUGCGCUUGCUCGUGCAACCCAAUUGUUUGUUAAGAGACAGCCAGAGAUUCACCUUUUUGCUGCUCGGUUCAAAGAACAAAGUGGGGAUAUACUAGGUGCUCGUGCUGCCUAUCAACUCGUACAUUCUGAAAUUUCACCAGGUCUGCUAGAAGCAAUCAUAAAGCACGCAAACAUGGAACAUCGGCUGGGUAAUCUGGAAGAUGCGUUUUCUUCAUACGAACAGGCCAUUGCCAUUGAAAAAGGAAAAGAACAUUCACAGACAUUGCCUAUGCUAUUUGCUCAAUAUUCACGGUUUGCCUACUUGGUAGCUGGGAAUGCUGAAAAAGCUAGGGAGAUAUUAGUUGAAGCACUAGAACAUGUUCAAUCGUCAAAACCACUUCUUGAGGCACUUAUUCAUUUUGAGUCAACACAGUCCGGACCAAAGCAGAUUGACUACCUUGAUUCAUUGGUCCAGAAGUUCAUAGAGCCUAACUCAGAGAACCCCAAUGUUGCUAGUGUUGCUGAGAGAGAGGAGCUAUCUAGCAUCUUUCUGGAGUUCUUAAAUCUCUUUGGAGAUGCACAGUCUAUCAAGAAGGCUGAGGAUCGACAUGCCAAGCUCUUCCUACCCCAUAGGAGCACAUCAGAAUUGAAAAAGCGCCACGCUGAGGAUUUUCUAGCAUCGGAUAAAACAAAAUUAGCCAAAUCUUACUCGGGUGUUCCUUCACCUGUUCAGUCCUUGAUGGGAACAUAUCCAAAUACACAGAACCAGUGGGCUGCUGGUUAUGGUGCUCAGCCUCAAGCCUGGCCGCCAGCCAUGCAAGCUCAGGGACAGCAGUGGGCACCUGGUUAUACCCAACAGGCUGCAUAUGGGGCAUACGGUGGUUAUGGUAGCAACUACACUAAUCUACAAGUGCCUGCUUCUGCGCCGCAGAGUGCUGCUUAUGCUGCUGCUGCUGCUGCUUAUCCUCCUACAUAUCCUGCCCAGCAGAGCUACCCUCCGCAGAGCUAUGCCCAGCCGACCGCAACAGCAGCAGCGGCUGCAGCUCAGCAACCUGCUUCAGCUACGCAGGCCUAUUAUGGCAGUUACUAUUGAGAUGGCGAAAUAACUAGGGCAAUAUGUUGCCACUUGGUAGUCCUUUUUAAAAUUUUUCCCCUUUUGGUCCUCGGCUAUUUAUAGGACGUUGAGUUCUUCAUACCUUUUUUUUUUUUUUUUUGGGGUGAACAUUUGCAUGUAGCUAACGAAGAUCUUAGGACAGUAAACAGAAAUAUGGGUUAGUGAAUCACUUUAGGUGACCUUGGUCAUUGUAUUUUAGUUACUAUCAAGCUUUAGUUUUCACA